GCCCUGCAAAAACAUAAAAAGAAGAAGAAGAAGAAGAAGUUUUUUUCUGCAAUGCAAAAAUUCUCGAUCCUCUCUAAUUUUUUCAGAAAACUAAUAGGAAUUUUGCUUAAAAACUGACUUAAAACAGGUGCAAAGGAUUUGAGACAACGUGCUAAAAGCCAGCCGUGAGGAUGUCUCUGGUUGAUGUUGAUUCAUGGAUUACCGAAUAUGAGGCAUGUGAGCGCCUCAGUCGGGAAAUUCAAUCGCAAAUUGUGCUACGAAAUCGCGAACAACGUCUCUCAGAUGAGUACUCAAAAUUAUCUGGGAAUGUCCGGAUGCGCCUUAAACAAUUCUCAACCGAGCUUGUGUCGUUGGAGAAGAAGCUGGAACAGACAAGACGUAUGGAUAGCUUGACGACGGAGGAGGCAGAGAGGCGACAGCGACAAAUUGAGCAGCUUCAGUCGAAAUUAAUUCAGCUACAGAAUCAAUUUGCAGGCACUGGAGAUGCCACCCGGAGUGCUCUUCUGCAGCCUGGUACAUCGAGAUUGUGGGAUGAUGAGGAGGACGAUCAGAUGCUUGAUACGAGUACGUACUCUGUGAAGGAUUUACGGCAGCAACAGGCACAAAUUCUUGAGGAUCAGAAUCAAGGACUUGAAGCUCUAUCGAAGGUGAUUUCCCGCCAGAAAGAUUUGGCUUUGCGCAUCGGAGAUGAGGUAGAGACACAAAAUGAGAUCAUCGAUGAUAUAGCUGAUCAACUGGAGCAUACAGAUGCGAGAAUAAACAGUGCGACACGUCGAAUUGAAGUUGUCAGCGCCAAAGAUAGAACCUGGCCCUACUGGAGCAUCAUUAUUGGCCUCUUUGUAGCCAUCAUCAUUGUUGCCCUCAUCUAGCAUACACCAUUGAGCUCUGCUGCUAACACUGGGGCAGGGAAACUUCCCAAAAUUCCACAUUUUGGAACAAACAAUUUAUUUUUAUUAUUAUUAUCUAUCCCCCGGAAAGAGAUGUUGGAACUUUCUGUAGGGGGCUUCUUUAUUACUCACUGCAGAGUUUCAAUUAAAUAUAUUAUUAAUUACA